CCGAGAGCAACGUUCCAUGUUGGAUUCACAUGGCCGAGAUGGUUUGAAACUUUGUAGCAGAGAGACUUCACUUUACUUGAUUCAGUGUGAACCUCAGCAACAUGGAGGCAGUGGUGUACACCUACCCCUCGUCCUGCUGCCGACCAGAGGGAAGUGGAGCCGGCAGAGGCAGGUAGCAGCAGCCCCGGCUUGGUGGACGCAUCCGUCACAUUCCUCCACCAUGCCGGACCGGGGCAAGAGGCGACAUGUGGAUGCUGUCGGCUCAUUCAACCUAUUAGACACCGGCAGCUCAAUUUAACUCCGCAUGUCAAAGUUUACAUUUUCAUGACGCAGCAGAAGCGGUAUGGGUGGAUUAAAGGUAUGAGCAGGAUGUCUUGAGCUCACCACCCCAUGCCAUUUACUGAUAAAUCCAUAAUAUACUGAGAGUGACUACAUGGAUUAAUACAUUGGAGCGGAUAUAUAAAACAUGGGAGACCUGGAGUGUGGUUUUGAGGAAAUGCAAGGAGUGAGAUUGGGAUACCUGCUGAUCAAAGGCAAGCAAAUGUUUGCUUUGUCUCAGGUUUUCACCGACCUGCUGAAGAACAUCCCUCGGACCACGGUGCACAAGCGCAUGGACCACCUGAAAGUGAAGAAGCACCACUGCGACCUGGAGGAGCUGCGGAAGCUCAAAGCAAUAAACUCUAUAGCUUUCCAUGCCGCUAAAUGCACUCUCAUAUCGCGGGAGGACGUGGAGGCUCUGUAUUUCUCCUGCAAGACUGAGCGGGUGUUGAAGUCCAACAAAAGGAAAGCGAAAACGAUGUGUUCCACCGGGGAUGUUGAUGCCUCCCCCGGGCUUCUCCGUGCCGACGCCGAGCUGUGGAAGGAAAAAGUUUGGUUUAGUUUGCACGGUGUUCCGGAUAGUCUCACACUUCACACCAAAACGAGCAGGCGAAGAGAGCUGACUCCUUGCCUUACCGACUCCAAACUACCUCAAUUUUACCACAAAACCCACGGACGGGAUUACCGUUCGGCGACUAAGUCCAGUCACAAACACUUUAAAAACUAUGAAACCGCUAAAAUAACAGGGAACCCCGUUACUUUGAGCCAAAAACACUCGUAUUUCAGGAGCGCGGUGACCCGGGAGCCGGUGGUGCUUCAGUCCGCCAUGGCUGCUCAGUCCAGGCUCUUGCGCUCAGCCGGCGACCUACUUCACAAAAGGAAGAGGAGGCGCGAGGGGGGCGGCGGCAGGGACAGCGCGAGACAUUCGUGGAGCAGGAGCAGACACGCUCACCACCACGUACCACCGGUGCUGCUUGUACAACCCAAAUCAUCCGACAGUCACGGGACCUUUGGAGCUUUCCACCUCGGUUCUGAUUUAUAUCUUGAUCCCAGACCUCACCAUCAUCAUCACCACCAGCAUCACCAUCAUCAUCAUCACCACCACCACGAACCGAGUUUCCCAGAGAAUUAUAGCAGCGACACUGAGUCCAGCACCUACUCGGACCGGGUGUACCCCGACUCAGACUUUGGAUCCGGCGUCUCCUCCACCAGCAACUCCGGGAGCUCAGAUGAGGAAGAGGAAGGCGAGGAUGAAGAUGACACACACUCAGAGAGUUCAGAGGUCAGUUCCGAGGAGGAAGAGAGCUCCUCUCAGUCCGACUCCAGCUCAGUUUCAAGCCGUGUUUCAGUCCAGAGCAUCCGGUUCAGACGGGCCAGGGUUGGUUCUCUCACCAAAAAUCUUAAUACUAGUAAAGCACCUUUGGUCCUGCAGCCCACGUUUCACUACAACAACCAGCAUCAACAAGAGAAACAACACGGGACACUGUGCCAUGUAGCCACUUCACAAACAGGGGACAGUACUCAGGAGAAACGGCAAAAAUGUGAAUUUAUACGUAGUGAAACUAGAAAGGACUUGGGACCCUUACAGCCACCAAAAUUAAACUCAGCUAUUGUCGGGGAUUGCCUUUUCGCUGAGUCCAAAAGGGAAAGGGGUUCUGGGGCUGAUCCAAGCAGGGCUGACCCCGUGGUUGAGUUGCCCUCUUAUUCACCGGGACUUAACCGGAGCAAGGCCUUUCAUCCCACACGCAGGACACCGGGGUAUCCCAUCAAAUGUCCCACGGGAGUGAGCACACUAUGUGACCAGUACAAAGAAACCAAAUUCCCCAAAUGUGCCGACAAAAGGGAGGCCAAAGCCACCACCCUAAAACUGCCCAUUCCACUGAAAAAAAUUAAGACCGAGGCGGAGGAGCCCUCUGUGACCGCCGCCCCCCACUCGGACAGUGCCAGGACAGCUAGGACAUCACCCUUAAACCUCCACGAUGUAAAAGUUAAAGUGGAGGAAAGCUGUGAUGAAUAUGAAUCUCAGAACCAAGCUACUGUGGUCAGAUGUAAAGGAGAUAAGGCAGAGAGCAUUGAUGGCCAAUAUCCCAGCGGAGCACUCAAACAAGGGGACUUUUUCAACAGUGAGAUUAGAGCUACAGAGAAGAGCCCUGGUGUGGCCCCCAGGUCCCCUUGUGGUCCUCAUGAAUGCAGGAGCACCCAGGACAUCCCGUGUAUCGAGGAGGGGGAGCACAGGAACAAACACUGCAGGGCUCCGGUGUUGGGGAAUAAGAAACUCCGAGUUUCCAGGACUCAAACCAAACAAAACGUGCACAGGGUCAAUAAGGCUGCCUCUUCUACUAGCCCCAUGGGCUGCGAGGAGGCAUCCUGUGAGGAUUUACCGAGCAGACGCAAACGCAGCAACGCGAGCACUGUAGUAUUGCCCGCAAAAAUGCCUUUCAGCCUGAUGGCAAAUUUCCCAUCCCCGCCGUCGCUGGUUGUUGGCAGUGACGGGGAUUUGUACCCCGCUUACUCCAUGAACUCGCUGAGGGGCCCUGGGCCUCCCCCUCCGUCCCACCCCGUGUGGAGGUGGCAGCCAGGCGGUCAGAUUCUCCCUCCCCCACACGUUCAGAGAACUAGGAAACACUGAGCUAGUCUUUAAAAGCAAAACAACAAAAGCCCCCACAGUGUCUCCCCCUCCAACCUAAUCGUAGCCUGAGUCUUAACAAGAGCUCACAAAAUUGCUCCAAACUUUAUCGGUGUAUUGGGAUUUUUGUCCCUUUUUUCUGUGAAUGGAUUUUUGGAUUUUGUUUUGAAGUUUGAUCGAGGAAAAACCUACAAGGUCCUCUUUUGGAGCCUCAGAAAACGCCCACGGGACUGUGAGACACCGCUCGUGGAUUCAUGCUUAAAAACGCGUGUUUUAAAAUAAGCUAUCAAUCCUAAGCAAUAUGUUAGGUUAUCAUUAUUGUCUUUACUUGAUUUUUACUGGACUUGACUGUUUCUUCUUGGAUUUGCUUUGCUCGACCUGUUGGAUUGUAUGGUGCCAGGGUUUCAGUAGUUUGUUCUUUGUCUAUAAGAGGAAAGGGGGUCAAAAGAAAUCACAGCAUUCCUUGGGAUGAGGCUACUUUUAAUCUAUCUCGAACUGAGAGCAAGUAUGAUUAAGUAAAUCAAAAAAAAAAAUCAGGGUUCACAUUCUGUGCUAAUCGGUACAUUAUAUAUAUCAAAGCUGUGUUUUCUUUCAUGACUGUCACGUGGAAUAGCUUGGCCACCACGGCCCAUGUAUCCAAAUGUUCAGUUUCAGAGAAUUAGGCUAUUAAAAUGGGUUUAUUAAUGUCUAUCUAUACAUGCUCACAGUAAUGCCUUUAGUAGAUGUGACA